CGGCGGCGGCGGCGGCGGCGGCGCCCGGCCCCCUCCCCCGGCGCCGGCCAAGUGAGGCGGUGAUGCGGGCGCUGGCGGCCCCGGCUGCGCGGAGAGCGGAGACACAGGCUCAAGAUGGCAGAUUCCGACUGAGGCUGGGGGGGCCGAGCUCGCGCGCCGCGUUCCCUUCUCCGUUGCCAUGAAUCGCGGACACCCCGGCCCCGAUGGCCCCCGUGUACGAAGGUAUGGCCUCACAUGUGCAAGUUUUCUCCCCUCACACCCUUCAAUCAAGUGCCUUCUGUAGCGUGAAGAAACUGAAAGUAGAGCCGAGUUCCAACUGGGACAUGACCGGGUACGGCUCCCACAGCAAAGUGUAUGGCCAGAACAAGAACGCGCCACCAUCCCAGCCAGCCGCCACGACCGUCAGCGCCUCCCUGCCCAUCCCAAACCCCAGCCUACCGUACGAGCAGACCAUCAUCUUCCCAGGAAGCACCGGGCACGUCGUCGUGACAUCAGCAGGUAGCACUUCCGUCACCGGGCCAGUCCUCGGCGGACCGCACAACCUCAUGCGUCGCAGCACUGUGAGCCUUCUUGAUACCUACCAAAAAUGCGGACUCAAGCGGAAGAGUGAGGAGAUCGAGAACACGAGCAGCGUGCAGAUCAUCGAAGAGCAUCCACCCAUGAUUCCGAAUAAUGCGAGUGGGGCCACUGUAGCCACUGCCACCACCUCGACUGCCACUUCCAAAAACAGUGGCUCCAACAGCGAGGGGGAUUAUCAGCUGGUCCAGCAUGAGGUGCUGUGCUCCAUGACCAACACUUACGAGGUCUUAGAGUUCCUGGGCCGAGGGACAUUUGGGCAAGUGGUCAAGUGCUGGAAACGGGGCACCAAUGAGAUUGUGGCCAUCAAGAUCCUGAAGAACCACCCGUCAUACGCCCGCCAAGGUCAGAUCGAAGUGAGCAUCCUGGCCCGCCUGAGCACAGAGAGCGCCGACGACUUCAACUUCGUCCGUGCCUAUGAGUGCUUCCAGCACAAGAAUCACACGUGCUUGGUCUUUGAGAUGCUGGAGCAGAACCUCUAUGACUUUCUGAAGCAGAACAAGUUCAGCCCCUUGCCCCUCAAAUACAUUCGCCCAGUCCUCCAGCAGGUUGCCACAGCCCUGAUGAAGCUAAAAAGCCUAGGUCUUAUCCAUGCGGACCUCAAACCAGAAAACAUCAUGCUGGUGGAUCCAUCUAGACAACCGUACAGAGUCAAGGUCAUCGACUUUGGUUCAGCCAGUCACGUGUCCAAGGCUGUGUGCUCCACCUACUUGCAGUCCAGGUAUUACAGGGCCCCUGAGAUCAUCCUUGGUUUACCAUUUUGUGAGGCAAUUGAUAUGUGGUCCCUGGGCUGCGUCAUUGCAGAGCUCUUCCUGGGCUGGCCGCUGUAUCCAGGAGCUUCAGAGUACGAUCAGAUUCGGUAUAUUUCACAAACACAGGGUUUGCCAGCAGAAUAUUUAUUAAGCGCAGGAACAAAGACAACUAGGUUUUUCAACCGUGACACAGACUCGCCAUAUCCUCUGUGGAGGCUGAAGACACCAGAUGACCAUGAAGCAGAGACGGGGAUUAAGUCAAAAGAAGCAAGGAAGUACAUUUUCAACUGUUUAGAUGAUAUGGCCCAGGUAAACAUGACGACGGAUUUGGAAGGGAGUGACAUGUUGGUGGAAAAGGCGGACCGGCGGGAGUUCAUCGACCUGUUGAAGAAGAUGCUGACCAUAGACGCUGAUAAGAGAAUCACUCCGAUCGAGACCCUGAACCACCCCUUUGUCACCAUGACACACUUACUCGAUUUUCCCCACAGCACACACGUCAAAUCAUGUUUCCAGAACAUGGAGAUUUGCAAGCGUCGGGUGAACAUGUACGACACGGUAAACCAGAGCAAAACCCCUUUCAUCACACACGUGGCCCCCAGCACAUCCACCAACCUGACCAUGACCUUCAACAACCAGCUGAACACCGUCCACAACCAGGCUCCCACCUCCACCAGUGCCACUCUUUCCUUAGCCAAUCCUGAAGUCUCCAUACUAAACUACCAAUCUGCACUCUACCAGCCCUCAGCGGCAUCCAUGGCUGCGGUGGCCCAGCGGAGCAUGCCCCUGCAGACGGGAGCGGCCCAGAUCUGCGCCCGGCCCGACCCCUUCCAGCAAGCGCUCAUCGUGUGUCCACCCGGCUUCCAAGGAUUGCAGGCCUCUCCCUCUAAGCAUGGUGGCUACUCUGUGAGAAUGGAAAACGCGGUUCCCAUCGUCACUCAAGCCCCAGGAGCUCAGCCUCUUCAGAUCCAACCAGGUCUGCUUGCCCAGCAGGCCUGGCCAAGUGGGACCCAGCAGAUCCUGCUUCCCCCGGCGUGGCAGCAGCUGACUGGGGUGGCCACGCACACGUCGGUGCAGCAUGCAGCUGUGAUUCCCGAGACCAUGGCCGGCACCCAGCAGUUGGCCGACUGGAGGAACACGCAUGCUCACGGUAGCCAUUACAAUCCCAUCAUGCAGCAGCCGGCGCUAUUGACUGGUCAUGUGACCCUUCCAGCAGCUCAACCCUUAAAUGUGGGCGUGGCCCACGUGAUGCGGCAGCAACCUACCAGCACCACUUCCUCCCGGAAGAGUAAGCAGCACCAGUCCUCUGCGAGAAACGUCUCCACCUGUGAGGUGUCCUCCUCUCAGGCCGUCAGCUCCCCGCAGCGGUCCAAGCGUGUCAAGGAGAACACGCCUCCGCGCUGCGCCCUGGUGCACAGCAGCCCGGCCUGCAGCUCCUCCGUCACGUGCGGCUGGGGCGACGGGGCCUCCAGCACCACCAGGGAGCGGCAGCGGCAGACAAUAGUCAUUCCUGACACCCCCAGCCCCACGGUCAGCGUCAUCACCAUCAGCAGCGACACGGAUGAAGAGGAGGAGCAGAAGCAUGCCCCCGCCAGCCCUGUGUCCAAGCAGAGAAAAAACGUCAUCAGCUGUGUCACGGUCCACGACUCUCCCUACUCCGAUUCCUCUAGCAUCACCAGCCCCUACGCCGUGCAGCACCGCUCCGGGCACAGCGCCGCCACCUUCGACACCAAGGGGAACCUGGAGUCGCACUGCACCGGGAACCCCCGGACCAUCAUCGUGCCGCCCCUGAAAACCCAGGCCAGCGAGGCGCUGGUGGAGUGUGACAGCCUGGGGCCAGACAGAGCUUCAGCACAGAAACGUCUGACAUCAAGAGAGACACUGAGAGGCAGGCGAACAGUCGCACUUGAUUCCGCACAUCCUGUACCCGGGUGUACAGCCCUCUGCCUGUGCCCCCUGGAGACACGAGCCGCACCCUGCCAGGAGCUGGUGUUCACAGACCACUCAGCACCGAAACUGACGCGAAUGGUCACCACCAGUCACCACUCGUCCUCCUACAAGUCCAAGUCCUCCAGCAACGUGACCUCCACCAGCGGUCUCUCUUCAGGGAGCUCAUCUGGAGCCAGUGCCUACCGGCAGCAGCGACCUCUCAAUCUCAGCCAGGCUCAGCAGCACAUCACCGCAGAUCGCACGGGGAGCCACCGACGGCAGCAGGCCUACAUCACCCCCACGAUGGCCCAGGCGCCAUACUCCUUCCCACACAACAGCCCCAGCCACGGCACCGUGCACCCGCACCUGGCCGCCGCCGCCCACCUCCCCGCCCAGCCCCACCUCUACACCUACACGGCGCCCGCCGCCCUGGGCUCCACUGGCACCGUGGCCCACCUGGUGGCCUCCCAAGGCUCGGCGCGUCACACCGUGCAGCACGCCGCCUACCCAGCCAGCAUCGUCCACCAGGUCCCCGUGAGCAUGGGACCCCGGGUCCUGCCUUCGCCCACCAUCCACCCGAGUCAGUAUCCAGCCCAGUUCGCCCACCAGACCUACAUCAGCGCCUCUCCAGCCUCCACCGUCUACACUGGAUACCCACUGAGCCCCGCCAAGGUCAACCAGUACCCUUACAUAUAAACACUGGAAGGGGAGGGGAGGGGAGGGAGGAUGGCCAGAGGGUAGGAGGGAGAGGAGGAGGGACGAGGGGGGAGCUGGGCUUUUUAUACUGAAGGUUCCGCACAGAAACAAUGCAAACGGGGCAGGGGAGGGGAGCAGAGGGCAGGGACGGGACACAAAUGAAACUUGAACUAGGAAGUAGGAGGACUGAGAGCGGAGAAGAGAACAUUUUAAAAAGGAAGGGAUUUAAGGAGGGGGGGAUAUCUAUGCUUUUUAUUUUAAAAAAGAAAAAGAAAAAAAAAGAAAACGUCAGUAACAAAAAACCACAGCUCACGAACCCAUUCUGCACCAGACUGGAAAGGAGAAGAAGAGAGCCACGGAAGAUUCCAGAAAUUGGGGGGGGGGGCGCCCAGUGUUUGAAGAACUUUAUGAAUUUUUCAAAGAUUAUUUUCAUAUGGCAGCAAGUGGCGUUUAAGAAUUUGCUGUCAGGGACACCUGAUACGAGUUUUAAUCUAUUGGAUUAAAAAUCCAAUAGAUUUUUAAUGAUUGAACGUAAGAAUUAGGGAUUUUUCCAGAACUCUAAAGGGUCAGCAACCGUCUAGAAAGGUCAGGCCAUGGCCGGAGGAGGCUGGUAUCUGGGGGCGGGUCCGGGGCUGGGGAAGCCCCGAUCUGGCCCACUUGCUGGGAGCAAUGGGGGCAGCCGGGCUGAAGGAGGACCCCUGGGAGAGGAGGGCACAUUUUCUCUUUCUGAGCACUCUGGAUAAAUCCCUAAGCAAUGAUAUUCCUCAAAUGUCAUUAAUGUUUUUUUUCUUUUCUGAAGAUUUCUUUUCUCUUUGAGUGCAUCCCUCGUCACGUAGCUUAGGGCCCGCGGCGUCGCCGACACCCUGGUAGAUGUCGCAGUCUGCACCUGUCUGUGCUACUUUGUGUUCACCCCCAACGAUACCAAGAGACUAUUCCUCAAUGUAAUUGCACAAGAAGAGCGAUCUCACCUAGGCACGUGACCCGCGCCGUGGUCCAGGUGCACGCGCAGGUGCCCGCGGUGCCGCGCUCCUGUCCCCGGCACCGCCGCCGGCUCUCGCAGACUUGGUUUUACAUCUUUCCCUCCUAGUGCCUUAGCGACCGGGGACGCGGUUGAGGGUUUACUUCCACGGUACUCCAAGAAGCCGGCUGAGGCGAGUCACAUCAUCUCAGCCCUUCUUCUGUGCUGUUGCAACAUUUUACUCUGGUCUUUCCUCUUUUUUUUUUUUUUUUUUUGGUUUGUUUAAUUUCUAUUUUAUUUUAAUACCUGUUGUCUUUCCUGGACUGUUUGCUAGCAGAGGGGUGUCAGGCAGCUGGCAGGGGCUAGGUGAGCCCAUGGAUCUGGAGAGAGAUGUGCGAGAUGGAUGGUGGUGGGUGAAUCUGACGAUGGUGAUGGCUUUGGAUGACUUUUACUUUGGAGACAGAGCAAGAGAGACUCCCCACCCUGUACCCUCACCCAGUUCUGCCCCCAGGGUUGGGAGGGCAGGGGCUCUGCCAUUCGUUGGGACCGCAGGUCCCAUCUGUGUUUUAGGAAUGUUGGCCUUGCCGGGCAGCCGCCUCCUUCCUGAUGUAGAAGCAUCAAAGGAGAGGAGCCACCUUCAGCCUCCAGCCCUGGCACAGCCUUCCUGUUGCUGUCCGCGGGAUGGAGAGGAGAGAGGAGGCCUGGUAGCGGGCCCAGCCCCGUGUUCUCAGACUCGCGCCCCCCCCCUCCGCCCCGCUUCACUCUCGCAGCCCUGCCCCCUCUCCUCUGGUUCCACCAGCUGUGUUUUGCUCUCACCGUUUUGCCGCGUCCUUCCCCCUGUAGACAGCCAUCAGCCGUCGUUUGCUGCUGAAUCGUUCCUCGAGUUACCCAGGCCUACCCAAGGAACGCCUUCGUUUUUGGUUUUUGAGGAGUCUGGUGGGCAGAGGCUAGAGGGACAUUUAUGAGGGUAACCAUGUAGUCCUGUACUGCACUUUGGAAAACACUCCCAUGGGCAGUUCAGUUUCCAAGGAAAUUUGCCCUUUGCCCUCUUUGCACCUUUGAUACAUUCUGAAAUUUUUCUCAGGCUUUGAACACUGGUGGGGAUGAGGGCAGAGGGGUCACUCUGUCCAUAGCAAAUUAUUCUUAAAAUACGUGAAUGUUGGGAAACGCUAUCUGGUCAUCAGUGGGACUUGAAAGGGUGGUCCUAAUUGUUUGAUUCUUGAUGCCGAGUCCUUAACUGACCCCAAAGCCAAGUUUCCAGGGUGCAGAGAGACGGCUCUCAGUUUCAGACAGAAGUCCGUCCUCACCCUCCCUCACUUUCUGUCCUCGUUCUGUGGUCUCCCUUUACGAUCGAUCUACUGUGAAAGGUGUUUUUAUCGUGAUAUCUGACCUAAUUCAGUAACGAAGCCAAGCCCUUACCUUAGCUCUUAGCUGUGAAAUGUGAAAUAACUCUGGAAAUUUCCCCUCUCCAAGCAUAAAUUCUACUUACCCUACAAAGAAAUCGGUCCCCAGGUUGGAACCAGCCUAGUCCCAGCCUUAGGCCGGAAGGAAGGAAGGACACCAUGUCCCACUCGAGGCAGGGCAAGCUCGGGCAGAGCCCCAGGUACCCAGCGGGCCCACCGGGGAGCCAUUGGCAACAGGACAAGAUUCUGUCCUCGUGGUGCCACGAUCAAUACGUCUUUAUCCGGACAUGGGGAAGUGCCGUCGUUCUGAGACAACAGAAACAUGGCCCGUCCAGAGAGAGUGAGGGGAGGAAAGUCUUUGGAGGACAUGUGAGCUCCCAGAGCCGCGCCAGCCUGGGGAACCAUCUCUGUUCUGGACUCUUGGCAUCCGGAGGGCAGCAGUGCCCCGUCCGAUCUUCCCGCACCCAGUUACAGAAGUCUUGGCUGCAAAGGAGCCAGCAUUUUUGCUUUAUUGGGUAGCAUCCUGGACCCUCUUGUACAGUUCACUUACAGCCCUUUCUAGAUCUGAUCUUUUAUAGGAAAAGACAACAUAGCCUUCCAUUUUAAAGAAAAUUAUUUUGUCUACUUAGGUUGGAAGUUGCUCUUUCACCUGACAUUUUCUUUCCUUUUCUUCCAGAUCAGGAGUGAAAGUUUCUUGCUGCUCAUAAAGAUAUUAUUGUUCUAGUUAUUUUGGUUGUUACCAUUGUAAUUAUUAUCAUAAUCAUCAUUUUGAUAUUUUAGUUGGGGUUUUAAAAUGCACAUUUAUUCCAAGUAUCUUUGUGUUUUCUCUUUAAUAUUUAAAUUUAUUUUAUUAUAUCUGUGAGUAUCUGAGUAAACAGGAGGGACGUGCAGAUGUCUAGUUUUGUCAGACCAAAAAACAAAAAAAAGGAAAGGAAAGAUCCAGGAAUUAGGAAAAUGUCAAGAAAGAUCCACCACGGAACAAAAGUUUGAAGAAUCAAAGCCUUUAUCUCUAUACAGGUCAAAUUGGGCUCUGGACAACAUGGUCCAUGGUCACCAUCAAUACUGUAUUUUUCUAGAUUCUCAGUGGCCUGAGAGGAGAUCUGAGGAGGCAUCUCAUGGGCUGAACCCUUAGCCGUGGUCCUCUCCCAUGUUCCCUGCGCUUCUGAAGCCUGCUAAAUAGAUCCCGGGCAUGCCUCGCGUCUGAUACUGACCUGUCAAGCAAAAAAAAAAAAAAAAAUAUUCCC